UUUGACUUCACAGACUCGCUGCUUGGAGAAUCGUGAGCUGGGAGAAAUCCGCACGUUCUUAUUGUUUUAUCUGCAGUUACAGUUUAUAUAUAAGUUUACAUUUAAGAUGUUGGCCAAAUGUAACUCCUAGUGCAUAUUUUGUCAAGAAACCUCCACGGUGUAAAGUAUGUGACUUAGUGGCAUCCAUUCUGGGUUGGCCUCUCAACAAGUUAGUCAGCAGAAAGAGGAGCUUUGCAGUCAUCAGCUGGUGCAUCAAAAAGUCCUUCCAAUGUCUUUAGUCGAGGAUAUUGUGCAUUUGAUGCAUGCCGUCUUGGAGUAUUUUGGAGUGCCUCCAGACAUGCUUGUUCCUGUGUGGGACAGUCAGCUGUGUGGUCAGUACCGCAGCAUUGUGCGGAUGAUUGGGACAAACCUCCCUCUGACCCCUUCACCACGCAUUCACUUUCAGGUCCCUCUGCUUUCCUAUAGGCCGCACGGUUAUGUCGACAUGACUUUGGAGACAAAGUCCAUCCCCUCGUUCGCUGACGUCCUCUGGGUGUUUGAGGAUGAGGGGGAGAGUUUUGCCAAGACCAGGAACCAUUUACCUCCGAAGAAGCAAAGUACUGUACAUCGGGACGUGUUGAGAUACCCGGAACCGCUCCAGAUUAAAGCCCAGAGAGGAGGUUGCCCUGUGAGGCAGACCAACGAUCCAGACGCCCUGAAGAAGAUCACAGCGCUGGAGAGUCAGCUGCUCAAACUCCAAGCUCAGAUAGCCAUGAUCGUUACAGCCACUCCAGCCUCAGUUCUGUCUGAGACCCAGGGCACGCCUUUGAUGUCACCACCACCGCUCACUUCCACGCCUCGCUGCGCUGCUCCUCCUCCUCCACCACCACCCCCACCGCCACCUCCCCGCUGCCCUGGCUCCUCUACUGAGUCCUCCUCUGUCGUAGAGCUGAUCCGCCGGCGCAAGAACAACGACAGAAACCUCGACAAUGGUCCACUCAAGCUCCAGGACUCAGACGUUAAAGGAAUGCCAUCCAUGCUGGAUGUCCUCAAGGACCUAACUCAAGUCAAACUGCGCUCGGUCAAUAGAUCACCGGGGGGCACUCCAGUCAGAAAGCGGCGCAGUAAGGGAGGCCCAGCUUUGCUCAGCGACCCAGCGGCUCUUAUCGCUGAAGCGCUGAAGAGAAAGUUCGCCCAGCAUCACCGCAACGACUCCUCCGACAAAGAGAACUCACUGGAACUCUCGCCGUUCGGCAGCCCAGAAAUACCCAAGAUUCCUGUCCAUAUCAGACGCAGCCAGGGGCGCCUCCACCUCUAAUCCGGCUGUUCUGACCCCAGAAUGUCCGACACCCCGUUCGACAAUUUUAGCUCCCACAGAUGUGCCUCUCAAAUGGAUUGCAGCUACGGAUUUACAUUUUGUUUUUAUUGUGUUUGUCUAAAAUAUUGUUCUUGUAGGAGUCUUUAUCUCACAAUGAACUUGUUUGUGUUAUGUAUGUCUUUGUUGGGAAGCUUGAAUGUAUAUUUGUGUUACAGCAAUCGCUGUGAAGGGUUUUGUUACAGCUUUGCUUUUGUACAGUUGAGUGUUAUGUUUUCAGUGUUAUUCAUACAGUAUUUGUAUGAUAUCUUUUUAAAUAAAAUAAUGUGUCUGGGCAGGAAUGCACCGCUGCUUUUAGCACCCUGCUUUAAUGUAAGGAUUUUUAUAGUUCCUGUGUUAAACAAGUGAAAUGAAUAACGGGGCACUGAGAUUCACCAGCUCUAUUCUAUGCAAGUGCUGUUUAAUGUUUAUAAUAAAGUUUUUAAGUGCACUGA